AUGGAUAUUAGGCUGAUUGCUGGAAUAUCAGCGCUAUCUGUGGUCAUUGUCAUGUGGCUUUACUACAUUUUAAGGGACAAAAACUUCUUCUCAAAACUCGAAAAAAGUUCACAAGCAGACACACAGUCAACAGCUCGGUCAUCAAGUGCAAACACACAACAACAACAAUUUGCAGCAAUGUCAAACACAAAUCACUCAAGAUUGCACACAUAUGGCAAUAAAUCUAAGCCAAAUAAUCUUAAUGAGCGAGCAAAAGCUGAAAGAAAUGCACAAACUGUGAUAGCGAUGGCUGAGCAGAAGAAGACGAAGAGUAAAGCAGAUAAAGUGCCGCAUUUUUGUAAAGAUCCAAAUGAUUCGGAUAUGAUUAAGAGAUAUUAA